UCGUAACAUUCAUCCGCCAUAGACAAUCAACAAACUGAAAAUGAAAAUGUCCGUCGUAAAAGAUACGUUCUAAUUUACUUUGUGAAUGUGUAAUUAAUUAUCGUAGCUUGCGAUGUGAAAUAUUUUAUAGUAUUUACAAUCCUACAAGUGUUAAAUAGUUUCAAGAUGAUUGUUCAAGAACCCAUACAGGUUAUCGUUUGGGAUUGUCUCAAUAAUUAUGAGUUCGACAAUGCUAUAUUUUUGGCUGAGAGAUUACAUGCUGAAGUGGCAUCAGAGGAAACAUCAUUCUUGUUGGGAACAUGCUACUAUAGAGCUGGACGUGUGAAUGAGGCCCAUCAUUUGCUACAAAACACAUCAUUGUCAUUACCACAAUCUAGGUUUUUGCUAGCCAAAUGUUCAAUAGACUUAAAAUCGUACAAAGAUGCUGAAGUUGCAUUAGGAACAAAUCUAGACAUUGUCGCUUCAGAAUUCGGUGACCAAGCACCAUAUGCUCUGCAGCUUCUAGCUAAGGUAUACAACAUCACAGAACGGCGGAGUAAAGCAGCUGAAGCGCACCGGAAAGCACUAUCACUCAAUCCAUUCAUGUGGAAAUCAUUCGCCCAACUAUGUAACAUGGGUGAAAAAGUUGAUACAAAUCAAGUGUUUCAUUUAAGUAACACUGAAUUCACAUUUGGUGUAUCAACAUUAGUGAAUCUAGUCAGCAACUCUGAAAAUAUUUCAUUCGUCAACACUAACAUUCCUAAUAAUAAUUCUAAUUUGAAUGCCAAUGUCACACCAAAUAAUGUGGCUCCUAGGACGCCAAUGACUAUGUCAUCAAGUAUUACUCCAGAGACUCAAGCACCUGUAAAACGAAUGCAUAGCGUUUUCAGUGGUAUGGCGCCCAUACCAUUCUCUCCCUCAUUUGGCAUGUUGCCAAUGGAAGAAUCUCCUGUAUUAUAUACGCCAACACUCACCGAUUCUAAUGAGCAAAAAGCUAUACCGAAGAUAGUUAAUUCAUUACGAGCACAAAUGGGCCAACUCAAAGACGCAGUAUUCAGUCCUGCUCCUAGGUGUACUCUUGGACCAGCUCCUCGCCGGUCGUCCAGGCUGUUUAGUAAUAAUAAUAGCAGUUACUCGGUAAAGGAGAACAACAAAUCGCCCAGCAGAAAGUUUGUGGCUCCCAAAAGCCCAUCUAGAAAAAAUAAACAAAGGACUGCCAAAAACAUGAAAACAAAUUCAGUUGACUCAAACGAUAGGAAUAAAAGCAUGGAUGUCACUCCUACACUUACGCCAAAGAAUUCCAAUGGUGUAGCGUUAUUGAAUGUAUUGAAGGAAUUAGGUGACGCAUAUAAAGCACUUGCUUUUCUUGAUUGUAAAAGUGCUAUCAAAUUGUUCCAAGACGCGACGCCUAAACAGUUGGCUUCGCCGUGGGUGCAGACGAUGAUCGCGCGCGCUCAUUACGAACUAGCGCAGUAUGAAGCAGCUGCAAAAAUAUUCUCUGAAAUACGGAAACAAUACCCAUGUCGCACAGAGGGAAUGGACAUUUACAGUACCUGUUUAUGGCACUUACAGCGAGAGGCACAACUUUCAGCUUUAGCUCAAGAAUUAGUAGAAUUGAAUAGAACUGACCCCAUUGCUUGGUUAGCAGCUGGCAAUUGUUUUUCACUUCACAAAGAACGCGAAACGGCGCUCAAAUUCUUCAAGAGAGCUGUUCAGAUCGAUGGGGACGCGGCGUAUGCGCAUGCGUUGUUGGGACACGAGUAUGCAGUAGCUGAAGAGACUGAUAAAGCUUUGGCAAGCUUCCGGACUGCGGUCAGCAUUGAUCCUCGGAAUUACGUGGCCUGGUUCGGUAUAGCCACGGUUUACGCGCGGCAGGAGCGCUGGAAACAAUCUGAAGUGCACAUACGUCGUGCGCUUAGCAUACACCCGCAUUCUGGAGUAUUGAGGUGUCAGCUUGGUUUGGCGCAAGCCGCUCUGGACAAAACCGACCGUGCUCUGGCUACCCUCGAACGAGCUGUCGCAUUAGACACGGAGAAUCCACUCUGCCGAUUCCAUCGAGCAUCGGUCCUUCUACGGGCGGGCAGGCCGCAGGAUGCAUUAGCUGAUCUUCAUUAUUUGAAAGACAUCGCUCCAAGAGAAUCAUUAGUUUAUUAUUUACUUGGCAAAGUUCACAAUAAAUUAGGCAAUACACACUUAGCUUUGAUGCACUUCAGUUGGGCCACAGACUUGGACCCCAAGGGCACGGGUGGACACAUCAAAGAAGGUUUCGACCCCUCGAAGCAAGAGGACCCUUCGGAAAGAUCAUCGUAAUGUUGCUGACGAAUUUUAAAGGAUUGUAAGCGCGCCUGCAGUGUGCCGGCGGUGUAGUCAUGGUUGACUGAUCCCUUGUAAAUAUCGCGCUCACCUAUCGAACUCUCGAUUGACACCAAAUUCUUCCAAAUAGAUAGCUUUAUGGAGUCCGAUGGGUGUGUGGUGGCAUUUAGUCGCUGUAGUAGUAAGGGCGUUGUGGAAAUGUUUAUAUAGAGUAAGAUGUGGAUAUUCCUAAUAUUAUCCUAGUUUAUUAUAUAUCUUGUAUAGCUAAUAACUUCUAGAAUGGUAAAUAGGGAUUUUUAAAGAGAAGCUUUGAAAAUCUAAGACGCAGGGCCUUGAUCUCAUUGGGAAGUUCUGAAUUGAAUAUUCAAUAUUAUAAAUCAUUGACGUUAAAAGUAUUGUAUGCCAUAGAAAUUCGUGAUAAAUGUCAUUCUACUAGGCUGGAUAUUUGGUUCGUAGUACAUACAGUUAUAUUUUUAUAUAAAGGGACUUUAGUGAUCUCCCGCAAAUCGGUAGGUACAUAAGCUCUCCACCGCUGGCGGUGUACCAAUGACAGCUUUAUUUUGUCAACAAUCAUGUAGUAUCCUAUUAUAUUUUAUAUUAAAGAUAAGAAUUUUAAGACACCUUCAAAUCAAUUUGCAUGUAGACAUAUUUUGAUUCUCAUAAAGUGACGAAAAAAAAUAUUUUUCCGCUUUGAAUGUUGUAGAGACCCCAUAAAUAAUAAUCAGUAACUUCAGAUAUAAGUGAUCCAACUCUGACAUUGUGUACAGUAUACAAGAAUGUUAGUUUUUAGUACUUGUGAAAUUACUUUCGUGUGUGUACAUAAAAAAAUAAAAAAACUAAAUAGCACUGUUUGUCAUUUCACAUCACCAAUGAAUUGCUCGCUCUGCUGAGACUUAGACCACCUCUAAUUAAAUGUAUGAACUUAUUGAAUAAAACUGAAUAUGUAUUUGCUAGUUUUUUAUUUUUACUUAUUAGAAAUCAAUGCAUACAUCCUUGUACGACAUAGGUCUCUAUUGAAAUUUAUCUUACAGCUAAAUAAAUGGAGUAGUUAAUUUUGACACCAUUUCGUAUUGAACAAUUUUUAUAUUUAUAAGGGUUUCAGACUUGUGAAUUGGAAGCUUUUUUUUUUCAUAUUGCUUAGUAUAACUGCUAUACCUAAUAUAGGUACAUGAAGUUUUAUUGAGGCACAACAUCUUACGAUUCUAUUGUUAUCAAUCAUUUAUCAAUAUUCUAAAUGCUAAAAAUAAUGGUGUCACAAAAUUAACUAAAUAGGGCGAAUUUUACUUUCUAAAUUGAGUCUAUUAAACAAUGCAAGAGACCUAAUACUACACUCGCGAGCAAAAGUAUGGAAUCAUCCUAUUUGUUCCGAAUGAUCGUAAGAACUAAAUGACUAAUAGAAGAUAAAAAUAGUAGCAUUUUAAAGGUAAUAUUAUAUACUUUAAAUUGAUACAGAUACAUGCAUAGGCAUUCAGUUCUUAGAUUGCUCGAAACAAAACGUAUGUGGGUGAUUCCAUACUUUUGCUCGUAAUUAUAGUUCACAUUUCAUAUUCUUUCUUUCGGAGACUCAUGAAUGAUGAUCGACUUCAACAUUCGUACUGGAGUACGCACAUUUAAUCUUUAUCAAGUCAAUACUAGUGAUUCUUUCCCAUAUGAAGUUAUUGCUCUGGGUCACAGAAUCACUGUAAAUUACCUUAACAUUUAUCUUCUUAACAGAGUCAGUCAGUAAUUGAUUAUUCGAAUCGCACAGCUCCAACAAAGUCAGUGACGUAAAAUAGUGUACCUUUUUUUGACUAAUACAUAAUAUACAUUGUAACAAAAGUUCUACUUUCUUCACCCAAGUGAACAAAGAGGAAUAUUCCACAUUUGGAACAUUAUUUAGACAUUUUCUUUCUACUUCAUAACUUAUAAUAAAUUUAUGUAUUUGCUGCCUGCUAUUUGACAUCGGUGGGCUUAUCUGAUUCAAAUAUCAAAUUACUGACUCAAAAUAAUUAUACUAACUACUUACGAACUAAACUUAAAUAAGAUACAUGGCCACAUACCUAUAUUGAAGUACAUACAUUGCGUGUCGAAUCAGAUUAAUAAAAUUUUGAAUGGUAAAUUGACCAAUAUUCAUAAAAUAUACAUUAAACAGUGCACUAAUAAACCUUGGCAAACGUGCAUUAGGUCAACUGACAUUGAUUGAUAUUUGGCCCUAGCAAUUUGAAUUGAAUAAAUU